AGGAAGAAAAAGACGAGGACCGUGUUCUCCCGGAGUCAGGUAUGUCGUCUGUCGUCUGUCCUCCUAAAUCUAUUCUCAUGGAGUUGCGUAACGGGUUAGGAUGUGGGGAAAGGGAGAGUUAGAAAACGUCUGACCCUAUCUGAUUGUACGGUUUAUAAGUGAACUUAUUUUUUUUUCUGUGUGUGCAAAUUUUAAAGUGAAGCACGGUGAGACCAGCCCUAAGCUGAGGUGCCGCGCUAUAUAAGACACCUGUCAGUAGCAUCAAAUGAGAUAAAUAGGCGUAUACAUACAACUUAUAUGAAGUUAAAACAAGAAAGAUGGCAGUAAUGAGUUGCGACUGGGUCUCAAAUUUCCACACAAAAAUAGCUCAUCUAAUUUGAUUUCUCUUGCCUUUACGUUCACACAUCUGAGAAUGACGUAACAGCUAUAUUUUGUAAAAUUUUAGUAUUAAAAGCUGUGGUUUUUCCCAUACAGUUACAUGAUGUGUGUUUUCCUGUCAAGUUUAAUGACGCCACAAAGGUGUUUUCCGAUACAGUAUAAUGACACAUAUUCCUGUCAAUAUCUCGCCACACCAGAAUAUAGUUAUUUAUUAUUUAAUAUAUUUAAAAAAAAUGUUUCUCCAUAAUAUACAAUAUCACGUUGAUUAGAGCACUUUUUAACAUCAGAUAAUUAAAUACUUUCACCUUAAUUUGAAACUUUUAAUAUAAGUUAAUUAUAUAAUAUCAUGUAGUUUUGAGAAUUUAACAUCAAUAAUUAUCUUUUAUAGAUAUAUUUUUUUUUUAAUUUCACAUCCUUGAUAAACAAAUAACCCGUUUGAAAAACAAUUAUUUAAACCUGGAAUAAGAACAAAAAACGUUUGUUAGUAUUGUAACUCUUGAAUAUUUCAUUAUCUUUAAUAGAUUUGUUGAAGGUUCCAGUUAUAAAGUGAACAACGUUCCUUGUUUGAUAAGCUAUCAAUUUAUGCUAAACACACCCAGGAAGCAGCUUAGGUAAAGUUAUUCGCAGAACAAGUGUUUCAUUUUGUUUUGGUUUUCAGGUCUUUCAGCUCGAGUCGACGUUUGACAUGAAACGCUACCUAUCCAGUUCAGAACGCGCGGGCCUGGCAGCUACCCUCCACCUGACAGAAACACAGGUAGGUCGUAUUCUGUACUAUAGACAAACAAAUGGCAAUGCAUCAAUGGACUUCCCAUCUACUAAAGUUACUUGAAGAAAAUUUAAUUAAAUCAUUUUAUAACAAUCCCAAAUAAUCCCCCCCCCCUUUUCCCCAAUAGGUACACCCCCGUUCACAUUCUUCAUGCCCCUGAAUUAUAUUCAAAUUCUAAUGUCCCACCCCCUUUCAUACCGCAGAAUUGUUAUCAUUGUCAAAUUGAGACUAUUUCCGUAACAAAAAAAAAGGAAAUAUUACGCACCAAACGCACUUUUUAGAAUCUCAUUUAGCGCAAUUAUCGGGAAUUUUAUUUUGCAAACUAGUUAACUCACCAUUACACGCUACAUCCUUUCAUAUAUUAUUGUUUAAACACGUUUCGAGGUUUCGAUCACUUUCAAUGCACACCCACGCGCCUAUCUUUGGCGUGCAUUGGUUUGGUGUGCAAGGCCAUUUAUUCCUUUCGCCACCAACUUCUGUUAACGAAGCGCUCGAAGUUCUUCAGAUUCGCGUGUAAUAAACUAUCAAACAAUUGCAAUUUAAAAUAUAUUUCAUGGAAUAAAUAUCUUUAAAAAAUCAAUUCCAUGUUGGCACAACUCAUGAUCCCACUUGUAUAUGUUUAAAUGGUGAACAUUUGGGAAGAUAACAUAUUAUAUUGUAUUUUGAAAUUCAUUGCGUUCACAUUUUCCUCAGUCGACCUGAAGAUACACGACAACAGACAUACGAUAACAUCGGACAUACGAUAACAUCAGACAUACGAUAACAUCGGACAUACGAUAACAUCAGACAUACGAUAACAUCAGACAUACGAUAACAUUGGACAACAUCGACUAUAUUUACGAGAUUUUAUGGAGAAUUUUCCUUUUAUUAGCUCACCAUGCAGUUGGAUUAAUCCAUUCGUACUAUAUCCACUUUAUAUUCAAUUGUUAAAUGCAAUUAUUGGUUGUUGUUGUUUUUUUUCGGGGGGGGGGGGAGAAUGCGAUAAUCGUCGCAAUGACGAGGCAAUGUUACCGCGGCGAAUGGGAGGCAUUUGAGAACGCUCAUUUCAUUCAAUUGAUGGGUUGAAAAAUAAUUCUUGUAUUUUUUUCCGCCAGGUUAAAAUUUGGUUUCAAAACAGACGGAACAAAUGGAAACGUCAGCUGGCAGCCGAGAUGGAGGCGGCCAACCUGUCG